UUCUGGAAUCGGAGCUGUUGUCGGGAAAACGGCUGCACCGUAGCACCCUGAGCACCAUCAAAUCACCUGUAUUGUUGUAUCAGAUUCCUCUGACUUUGUACAGAGAUCCUUGAUUCAAUCCCUUCUGUGAUUGCCUUUUUUUACUGAGCAUCGCAUGCUCACAAUGUGCUCUCCUGUCAUGUCGCCUCUGUUCUUUAGGUGACAUCUCAGUCCUUUUCUGAGGGCUUUACAACGUUCCGGUUCUGUUUGUCUGACGAUUUUUAUAUGUUUUUUUGAGUCGUGGGAAGAACCAGGGGGCUGCUGUCGCCUCUAAGGUGCGCUAAACCUUCUGUUCGCGUGUAGGUCUGUUCGCGGCGGGGCUGGCAAAGCAACCCCGACGGGGAGAAUUUCUGUUAAAAGAGGCGCCGAUUGUUUUCUCUCCUGACUCCUGUGCAUGUCACAUCUUCCCAGGAUCCAUGCUGGGCGCUUUUUCUGUAUUUCUGUGUCUUCCCUAAAUUCUUUCUCUCGACCCCUUCACCUCCCGUCUUCGUGUGUUGUGUCAUAUCUGCUUGGGACGAAGGGGUUGUGGCUGUCGUAGGCUUCUUUCGCCAGUUUUUUUUUUUGCUAUUUCGAACAAAACAGUCGAAAGAGAGAACUGGCAAAGAAGCCAACGCAUGCGAUCCUUGUGCUUGCGGCUGGAAGUUGAAGACCAAUAGCAGGAACGCUGGGUUUCUCGGAGGGUCGAAGUUUCCUGGUUGUCAUGGCGCUUCGCCUUUCCACCCCGCUGCUCAUCGCAGAUCGAGUGCGAACGAGCUGGACAUAUCGGCACUCGCGGUACAGCGGUGGAGUCCGGUUUUCGCUGCCGCGGUUUAUGGUAACGAAGCGGACGUAUUUGUCGACGAAGUUUCGCCGUCCGUCAACCGUCACGAAAUGGGGAAAUCCGCAGUACACGCUUCCCUCAAAUGUCCAGCGAGAGAUGCAGGAAAACAGCGCUGAAGGUGACACGGAUCAGGCAACAUCUGAAGAACUGGGAGGACGGACAGGCAAGAAGGAACUUGGGAGGAACGGGAAGUCUGCAGGGAAAACGAAAAAAGCGGCGGAUACGGCCGCGCAAGAAGUACAACACACGCCCAAAUACUGUGACAUGCUUUUUCUACAUCAGGAAGACCAGCAGAGCAGGCGAAGGCCGCAUGCGAAUUUCUUUUUCCGGUGAACAGACACGGUUCAUCCCCGAACCCCGUCAGCAUGUUGAAAAGACCUUUUCUACAGAUAACGAACGGAGCGCGUUCCGCUGCUUUUGGACAAGAGAAACGUUUUUGCCGCAGAUGGCGCGAGACACAAGUGCCCUCACACAGUCGCAUAUCUAAAUCACCCUGUAGGAGGACCAAGCGUCCUUCAGGAGGUGAAGAGGGCAGAAAACGGAUUUGGAGCCUCUGUGGAGUCGAGUUGAGCCUCAGAAUGCUGGCAAGGUGGUAGAGAGCUUCCUACUGUUUCGUUCUACUGGAGCUUUUUCUCGAGCCAUCACGCAUUUCUCUGGCGAUUGUAGUAGAGUGCACUGACGAACUCAGACCCGACACAGUCUUUAGGUGCUGACUUCAUGUGGACCAGUUCGGACACAGAACCAUUUUGAGCGAGUCAAAAGCUCAUACAGAGUUUCUAUCUUUUGUCCUUUUUUUAAGGGAGUGUUUCGAAACAGGGCGACUACAUGUAUCUCGAAGCCUCCAUUUCCAUCUAAUUUGUGUGACGGAUCUGCACAUGUCUACGUAUACCGAUGGCGAGUCUCUUUCUGGAUCUCUCAAGCUGCACACACCGGUGUCUGCGAACGGGAGAAGCGAAACGAUUUGCACCCCAACAAUCAGCGAAGGAUGAUGGGUACCGUCCGCACAUGCAGUACUGGCCGGUUGAAGCAGGAAGAAGCCUUAACAAGCUACUUUCGCGGCGGAUGUCGGUUUGUACAAAGCAUGUACUGACACGAAAAGUAGUGCAACUGUAGCGCCGAAAUCGGGGAAACGAUCGGCGAUACAGUCUCAUCGGGUGGCAAGCACGAAACAAAAACAAACACGAUAUAUGCCAUCCUCGAAAAUCGUUCAGGUCUUUGAGAACGCUUUCGACAUUGUCCUGAGCGCGCAUCGAUAUCGACAUCGUCUAGCACCAAGGACAACGUAAGGUGACGGCGCAGCAGAGCGUCUGAGAACAACACCGCUACUAUGGACAACUAGUGACUUUCGUUCCGAGGCCCCGGCAAAGGCCGCAACGAAAUUCUGUCGCGGUGUCAAGCUGGACCCCACGAGGUGUGACGCCAGCGGCUUCGAAUCCCUGACAUUUUCUACACUGGAAUAACCGCUGAACACUGUCAGCUUGUCGAUGUCUUGUCAGUCGCAACGUGUGGUAAGAGCACAGAACAACAGAUGCUCAGAGCUGUAAACGGUUCGCGAAUCAACUCUUCAACAUUUCUUUGAAGGAACGGAAUGGGCAGCG